AAUCCAAUCCACAUCCCUUGGCCCAUCUCAAGCUAUACUUGUAGUCAUACUUUCCCUAUUAUCGUGCAGGUCACGUCCCGACUCUGCUCUGAAUCGAAACGGACCAUCCUACCCACAGCCUACAGGCAGGCAGCCAGCCAGCCAGCCAGCCAGCCAGCCUGGACGCCGCAUGAACAUUGACUGUCCGCCCAUGUUUCGUCGUCGCGCAGCGCCCUGAUAUCGUGACACAGUCGACGCGCCAGGACGCACCAAGCCGUCGCAGCAGAAGCAGCGUCCAGUGCUGCACAACAAGCAGUCUUCGGCCUCCGCAACCAUGUCCCUCCAGGUGCCAGCAAAGGCCGGCGGCGCUGGCAGGUCGCGCUUCUCCAAGGCCCUUCCCUCUAUCCCGCCCACCGAAGCGACGAGUCCGACCGCGAGCCUGUUUCCCAUGCCGCCAACCUGGGCCACAGCCACGAACACGAACCCGUCCACGUCCACGUCCACAGCUGCAGACAUUAGGAGCAAGCCAUUGCCCGCCUCUCGAGCGUCGGAGGACCUGCCAUUACCUCCACCACCCCCGCCACGCCGCGACCGCAACCGCGACAACAACCACGACCCGACGACGCCAGCCCCAUUCUCGCCGCUGCCCUCGUUGCCCGGCAGGAAGCCCGUCGCGUCACCACCGACCGUCUCGACAUCUCCUUCGCUAGCUGCCCUCCCCAAGAUACCUGCAGCGGAUGCGCCUCCAAAGAUGACAAUCCGCCGUCGACCUGUGGGCAGCAAGCAGCAGUCACAAUCGCACGAGGGGUUGGUGCCAGCGUCACAGCCUCCUCCACAGCUUGCAACCGCAGGAUCCAGCACGGAGGUAGCUCAGCCACCGACGCAAGAGCGCAAAGAAAAGGAAGACACCAUCUCACCAGUGGCCAACGCGCACAUAGAGACUCUUCCACAAGAGCGAGCGUUGCCAGAGACAGGCGCGCGGGAACCGCCAAAGCUGGCAGAGAAGGAGCCGUCGCUGCCACCCUUGGAGCUUGCAUCGUCACUUUCGACAUCCCUCUCACCUCUGAAAUUGGAUUUCUCAGAGCCCUCGGACACGACUGCCGUCUCGACGUCGACAACACACGCGCCUGCAGGCGCAGCCGGGCCAUCGCCGACAGCGUCAUUGACCUCCCCCAUCUCUUCCCAGGAGGCGGCGCCCACGGGCGAUCAACAUUUACCACACAUACUAUCGCCUCCUCAUUACUCGGACACCUUUGACCUCUCUCAGUAUCAAUUCCCACAAAAGUCUCCAUCAGAGUCGCUCUCCAGCAUCCUAUCCGCGUAUUCUCGCAGCGACACGGCUUCCAUCAUCCGUUCCUCGGACGGCACCGCCUACAGCACAGUCGACUCGACCACCACAGACUCACCUGAUCACGACGCCCCAUCCGCGUACCUGGCCCCGUCUCACGGCAAACACCUCGCGAGGCCGUCCCUCUCCACAAUCACGUCGGUAGGGACGCAGAAGACUCUUGUUCCUGCGCCGCCGCCUGCUCCUCCAAAGGACGACAUCACCACACAGCGAACCGAGUCUCCUGUGCGCGGUCUGGGUCACGACUUUGGGGCUUCUUCGCCUCCGCGACAGCAAAUCUGGCAGCGCCGUCGCUCCCUCAACGGCAGCCGCGAUCUUCCCGAUCUCCGCCUGGACAAGAGCCACGGUUCGACCGCAUCUUGUUCCUCCAUCUCGACCAUUCGCGCGUCGCAGAAGCCUCUCCCGCCCCUCAAGGCGUCGUCGACAUCUCCUGAUCCUCCCGCGGAAGCAUCAGACUCGACGGAACGCGAGGUGGCGCCUGCGCUUCCAGCGAAUGACUCCGAAGCAAUGGGUCAUGCAAGCUCAAAAAUCAACAAGCUGAAGAAGGUUCUCCGCAAGUCUCACACCUCCGAGGACAUGGCCAAAAGCAUCAGCGGCGGCUCGGUGACGACGACCACGCAACUCAUCAGCCCGCCAACACCCGAAUACCAGCAUCAGGAUGUGCAGACGCCUGUCAUGAGUAGCUUCACGGCACCAGACUCGCCCGCGACUUCCCCUGAGCGGCACGCACCGCACCUGACUAUCACCGCCAAUCUAUCCAAGGAGCGGCCGCAACCCCAGGGACAGCCUGCAAAGGAGACGAAGGCCAUCACUAGAAAGGCUGUGCCGGUCUCGACGCAGCCAAAGGCGGAGCCGGAGCCAGCCGUGCUGCAUCCGGCCAAGAGCCUGCCCAGCCUCCAGACCAACCUACCACCAACACCGAGCCAGCAGUCGUUGCCGCCAGCUUCGGCACGUCCACACUCAGGACGUGCCUCGCCAGCUCCUGACCAGGCCAGCCGAGGACGCCAGCGUACGCCUCGUGGCCCUCCUGGUGGACCAGGCCCCUUUUCCGGACAACCCGGGCCACCCGGGUCUUAUGGAGGCUUUCCACAACCUCCAGGCAACAACUCCCGCCCGACGUCGGUGUCCUCAGCCAGGCCUAGUUCGCGAGGCUCAGUUCGACCCAAUGGGCCUCCACGACGACCCGACGCGGAGCCGCGGAUGGUCAUGUCCGCCAAUGGAGAUCUCUGCUACCGAGGUCGAUAUGGCACGCUGUAUCCGGAGAUGAAGCCAAAGGAAGAGCCGUAUCCCGAUCCCGUGCCGUUCCCGGCGACAACAAAGGAGCCAUCCGCUCCGGGCACAAUCUUCAAGGCUGUGCCGGUGCGAGAGCGUCAUAUGAAUUGCUUCCAGAACCACCGUUUCAUGUCAAAGCGGCAGAACAAGGUCUAUCCCUUGGCAUGCCAGACAUGCGAGAAGGCGGACAAUGAGGACAGAUGGGGCUGCGCAUUCUGUAGCUUGCGGGUGUGCGAAUCCUGCUACAAGCUCUUGAACGAGAGCAAAAGAGAUCUCGGCACGCUCAUGGACAGUCUACCGCAGCCGUCGACGCUCAGCCUUUCGUCCCCCCUACGACCCGGCUCCGCUUUGGGGUUGCAGAGCAGCUCACAAUGAGGGCUUCCGGCCAUUCUUCCACCUCUCUUGUUUCUUUCUGUCUCACGCACGCUACUUUUUCAUUUGUCACCGCAUAGAAUUGGCUUUGGGAAACCAGGUAGACACGGCGCCACCGUACAGGCACAUCACACGAUACCAGCGAGCAUGCACGGCGCGAUAGGCUGUGGACUGGAUGAAGACACGCGCACG